AUGACGAAGCAUAUGUUCUUGGACAUAUGCCACGCGGUGUCGGCAAAGAAUGACUACUUCAAGCGUAAGUGUAACGCCGCCGGUCUUGCUGGUUUCACAACCGUUCAAAAGGUAACAGCAGCGUUGCGUAUACUUGCAUACGGGGGUGCUGCAGAUCGCCUUGAUGAGUACUUUCAUAUGGGCGAGUCUACAAUUCUAGAGAGCGUGAGGGAGUUCACAAGUACCAUGAUUGACAUAUAUGGGGAUUGGUACCUACGACAGCCUAAUGCGCAGGAUGUUGCAAAGUUGUUGGCAAAGGCUGAAGAGAGGGGAUUUCCUGGGAUGCUUGGGAGUAUAGAUUGUAUGCAUUGGGAGUGGGAGAAAUGCCCAACUAGGCUACAUGGCCAAUACAGGGGACACCACAAAAAACCAACUAUUAUCCUUGAGGCCGUAGCUAGCCACAACCUCCAUAUUUGGCAUGCUUUCUUUGGAAUGCCAGGGUCAUUGAACAAUAUCAACGUUCUGCAUCGAUCCCAUGUAUUUGAUAGCAUCUCCAGUGGUACAUGUGCCCCUGUGAACUUCAAUGUCAAUGGUACGGACUACAACAUGGGUUAUCUCCUCGCAGAUGGUAUUUACCCACCAUGGAGGACUUUGGUGAAGGGGCUACGUUGCCCACAGACAAUGAAGGAAAAGUAUUUCACAUCUAAGCAAUCAGCCUAUAGAAAGGAUGUGGAACGAGCUUUUGGUGUGCUCCAAGCAAAAUAUCAGAUUGUGAAAGGGCCAGCCCGAACGUGGAAGCCAUCAGAACUAAAAAAAAUUAUGGAGUGUGUCGUCAUCAUGCAUAACAUGGGCAUUGAGUAUGAGGAAGGCCUGGAGGAGCUUAGGGCAGAGGACUACGAGGAUGCAACUCCAGCAAGGCUCAACCCCAAUCGGAAUGUGCCUGAGAUCCAUCGGUUGAUAGCUGGUCAUCGGCAGAUUGAAAGCCGGUCAGGUCAUGAUCAGCUAACUGCAGACCUCAUGGAGCAUGUGUGGUCCACAUAUGGAUCACAGUAA